AUGGUCUACUCUCUUACGGUUAACUUCAUCAGGUACAUUCUUGACGAGUACGCGAAUGCUCGACGUCAGUUGAUUGUGGGAGCCUUUCUUCGGGCUUUGAUGGUAGGAUGGAACAGUGGAGGAAAUGUUGAGUCCAUUAUCUCAACCAAACCCAUCGAACUGCAAUCGCAUGAUCCAGUACGAUACGCUGGGGAUAUGCUCGCUUGGUCACAUCAGGCUGUGGCCUCCGAAAAGGAGUAUCUUCUUUCACUCACUUCUGAAAAAGCUGAACAAGAGUUGAUCUGUGACUGUUUAAAUAACAUAACUGGAGGGUUGGUCCACCCUAUACAGUUGCGUUUGGAACAGAUUUUGGUAACCGAGCACAAUGCUGUUCUCCUUUACCAAAUUAACAACCUUUUACAGUUUUACAAAAACGUUAUUUGGAAUUUGCUAAAUGACAAGGCAGCUCUAUAUAGUGUGCUUUCGGAACUGCAAGCUCUCAGUUGGAAUCUUUUCGUCAGCGCGCUGCAGCACCAAGUCUCCGAUCUGCUCGCCGGUAGUGAACCACCGAGUUACGACUUGACGCCAUCAGUGUCAACCACGGAUGCCACACGUCUACUUGAAGCAAUUCUCACCACCCAGGACAUGUCCUGCGCUCCGCCUGAUGUCCGUCAAACUAAAUGUGAAGAGGCAAGUCAGGCAAUUUUGAUAGUGGCCGUGGUGGUAAAGCUGCUGUUGGAGUACUACGAUUCGAUGGCUAAGACUUUCAUCAUAUCGCAGAAGGCGGGAAAGGUGGGAGCGGAAACGGCAGAGGGUAGGGAGUUGCCCCCGGUAGCAAUGGUGUACCUUCUUAACAGUCUGUAUUCACUACAAGGGACGUUAGCCCGCCUCGCUUUCACAGGGCCUCAAAUCGCUGUAGUUACUGAGCGUCUCGAGGCAGUACUAGCCGACCUGACAUACUCUCAAGCAACCCACAUCCUCUCCCGCGCUGGUCUCUAUCGCCUCUAUGAGGCCAUAAAUGCAUCUCGGGACGAUGAAGGGUUGCCACUUGCUCAAAGCGGAGCACCCGGUUGCUCUCAGGACGAGAUCAUCGACGCUUUACGGGAGUUCAACGCGGAGUAUCUCUCAAAUCCAGACUCUUGGGGGCUGCCCGAGGCGGCUCAACUCGCGUUUGCACGACCGCGCAACGCCCUGCGACGACGCACCGCCGACCUUGUGCAAUCGCUCUACGCCCGUCUCUACAAGGCCAUAACUGACCCCAGAUCAGGCUAUUCCAACCCUUGGCCUGAGGAUCUUAAAACGCCUGAACAGGUCGCCGGACUCUUACUUCCCUCCUCCUCCAUCUCUAUUUCUUGA